AUGAGCGGGCGGGCGGCGCGGCGGCGGCGGCGGCGGCGGCUGGUGCUGCACGUGGACCUCAACAACACGGUGGUGGCGGCGGACGCGGUGUCGGGGCAGGGCCCGCGCGCCGCGCUGAACAGCUUCCUCAGCACCGUCACGUGGGGCGCCGCCGGGCCCGCCGGCGAGUGGCAGUGGGCGAGCGACCGCCCUUCGCUGGGACCCCCCUGCCCAGGCGCCGUCAGCUACUACUGCCGGUACGGCCGCGAUCCUGCCUUCACGGAGCUGGGCCCGGGCCAGCGCUUCAGCAGCCUCCACACGCACUACCUGCAGCUCCUGGAGUGGCCGGGCAAGCCUCACAAGGUGUUCUCUGUUCAGGGCGAGGAGAACAAGCAUUACCACUUCAUCCUGCCCUCCUUCUUCCGCCUCCUGGAGGCCCUGCACAGCGAGGGGAGGUCUUUUGCAGUUGUCUUCAGAACCUUUGGCACGGACCUGCCUCGCGCUCUCCACACUGUGCACUGCGCCCUGGCGGGGCAGCACCCCCAGUUCCCUGUCCUGCGGGAUGUGGCGCUCUCUGUGGACCUCACUCCUGGCCAAAUACGUUGCAGUAAGCGAGAGGUUGUGCUGAGCAGGGGAUCAGAGCGACUUUCCACCCGUGAAGAUGGAAGAAAGCUUUACAAUUACUUCAGCUCUUUUGAGGGAAUUGGAGGCUUCCAAGACCACUUUGACUGGUGGGCCAGAAAUCAGUUCUCUUCACAGGGUGGGAAGCACCUUUGGAUUGAUCCCCAUGAUCCCAGUGUUCACCACAUUUUUAUUGAUGACAACAUCCGCCUGGAUGACACGGACACCAUUGUUCACCCCCAGGUGUUUUCAGAGCAGGGCAGCAGCAGCCCUCGCUGUGCUCCCACGUCAGAGCUGUAUGAUAUUUGCCUGGUGCAAACCCAUCUCCUGGAGGCCAUUGCUGAUGAGAACUAUUUCCUCCGCUGUGUGCAGAGGUGUGAGGAGAACUAUGACCGCUACCUGGCCCGCGUGGAGAAUGGCUCCCCGAGCCAGCUGUGGGAUGGACAGUGACACCGCUUCACGGGCCCAAGCCCCAGCCUGAGCUGAGGGGCUUAAAACUGGGAUGCUCCUUGCCUGCUACCUGACACAGAUAAAGUCCCAGGCUGGGCUACUGCUUUGAACUGUCCCCUCUCCUCUCCAGUGCGUGAUGUGCCCACUUGGUUGUACCAGGAACCUCCAGGCCCUCUCCACGAAACACAAGUGUCCUGGGAGCUUGUGUGACGGGAUCCCUGGGAAGAAACUACUUCCGCUGGGGUCCUUUCCUCAGCUGUGCUGUGAAGAGCUGUCUGCCACACUGGAGCCCCUCUGCCGGCAGUGCUACCUCUUGCGUCUGCUCGUAGGCUGGGGCUGGGGGCUUUGUGCUGGGCCCCACGGUCUGUGCUCACGGCGUGUAGGACCAGGGGCCUCCAGCUGCUACUGCCUCCUGCAGCAGCGGCUGGUUUGGAGCUGGUGCUGCUGGAAGUGCCGUGCUGCUCGCAGUGCACGUUUGGUUGCUGCUUGCUCCACAGUGUUCUCCCUAGCCGAGCAAGUGAUUUGAUGUCACGUCUGCCUGUUUUUAAAGCAAAUCUUUCUAAUUGGCUUUUGGUGUGGGAUACCUUCCUCUCCUUGACUCUGCCUGCGCUUGCAGGUGGAAAGCCCCCGUCUGUCCCCGUCUGUUCACAGAGCUCAGCAAAGUGAGGAGGGAGCCGACAGU